GCACACAACAUCAUUUUUCUUUUUGGAAGUAACACUUAUCACUUUCAAUACCACCUCGCCCAUACAGACCCAAUUACUCUUUACCACCCACCACCUAUUAUCACAUACACAUCUCAUCUACCCCGCCACCAACCAACCAACCAACCAAACCACCAAAGCAAUGGCUCCCCUAACCCCCACCUGGCCCCAGCCCUCCCACGGCGACAUCCAAGAGGUCGUCGUCAACGACGCAGCAUUCACCUCCAAGUCCCUCUCCAAAGUCACCGUCGCGCCCUACGGCGUCUUCGCCAAGAUCGAUUUCCUGCCCGCCACGCCAGCGAGCGAACCCACCUACGCCACGGUGCAGCAAGGACGAGAUACGCAUUUGAAUCUGAAUAGCGAUUUAGUUUAUAUUAACCAUAGUUGUGAUCCUAGUUUGAUCCUCGACAUCCCAACCCUCUCCUUCCUCGCCGGCCCCCGCGGCCUCCGCCCCGCCGACGAACUAACCUUCUUCUACCCCUCCACCGAAUGGGCCAUGGCGCAACCCUUCACCUGUUUCUGCUCCUCCCCCCACUGCCGGGGCGUAAUCAACGGCGCCGGCGCUAUGAGCCAGAAAUCCCUUGAGGGGAUCUAUUUGAACGGGUAUAUCAGGGAUAUGCUUGCUGAGAGAUGGGUGAGGGAGAGUAAUGGCGUGAAGGGGGGGGAGAAGGCGAGGGUGAAUGGGGAGAGGGGCGUGACGAGUAGGGAGUUGAGUGGGGAGAUGGGGGGGGAUACUGUUAGGGCUUAA